AUGUACUCACUUGUUACCUGCCUGCUUGUUCUACCGUUCUCCUUGUCGCAGUUCCCAGGUUUCAGACCAAGGCCCUCUAUCGGAGUAGGAGGACUCGGGAGCGGAUUCGGUGGUCCGGGAGCUGGUGCCUUAUUCCCAUCCGGAGGUGGGCGUAGCUAUGCAGUAAGGGGUCGCCUGGUUUGUGGUAUCCAAUCAGCUCAAGGGGCGCGAGUUUCGUUGUGGGAGAGCAGAGGUGGCGGUCAGCCAAACGUCUACGAUGAAGAGGAAAUCAGUGCAUCCGGAAUAAUUGGUCUGAAAGCCGAGUUCCACGGAAGCAGCUGGAGUGGUGGCAGUAACGGAAACUUGUUCAUGACAAUCAUGCACAACUGCGAUGGGAACCGACAGCUGACCAUUGCACUUCCACCUUCUUAUUACAAUCAAGGGCCAGUUGCUAUUAAAACGUUCGACCUCGGCACCAUCAAUCUGGAAGCUCGGUACUCUGAGGGCAACGAAUUUGGUGGCGCAAGGUUUGAUGGAAGCAGAUUUGGACAGUUUGGAAGAGGACCCCAACCAAUUUUGUGA